CAAUUAGCAUCCCAUUUCCAACGAACUUAACUCCUCUGCCUGCCCUUUCCAUCUUGGCCUCAGUCCUCUUCAUCACUCCUUGUCCGCAUCGUCUCUUGAGUCUUUGACUGACUUCUUCUCUUGCCCGGCUCCAUCUCCACUCUCCCUGUGGCUCGAAGGGAACAGUGGUUGUCGAUUAGGAGGAGCAGAUACGGAAUAAGGGUGGGGAAUAGAUAUACCGAUGGAGAUCGAGGAAGACGACGCCGGCGGCGGCGGCGAGGCGGCCGGCGUGAGCACGGUGGCGAUCGCCGUGAGCGGGAGCAAGAGCAGCCGCCACGCGCUCAAGUGGGCCCUGGACAAGUUCGUGCCCGGGGGCAGGGUCCUCUUCCGGAUCCUGCAUGUCCGGCCGCCCAUCACCAUGGUGCCCACUCCAAUGGGUAAUUUUAUCCCAAUAUCGCAAGUGCGGGAGGAUGUAGCAUCUGCAUACUGCGAGGAAUUGGAAUGGCGAGCUAGGAAUAUGUUGCUUCCUUUCAAGAAGAUGUGUGCUCAGAGACAGGUGGAAGCUGAAGCUGUUUUAAUUGAAUCUAAUGAUGUGCCUUCUGCUAUAAGCGAGGAAAUCGACAAAUUCAACAUUUGCAAGUUAGUUUUAGGUUCUUCGUCGAAAGGCAUAUUCCGAAGGAAGCUCAAAGGAAGCAAGACUGCAUCUAGAAUUUGUGAAUGCAUUCCAAGCUUCUGUACAGCAUACGUCGUUGCAAAAGGGAAACUGUCAUUCGUGCACUCAGCUACAUCUGAUGCAUCUGAAACACCUAGGUCCAUAUCUUCUUUAACCGUUUCUUCUCCAAGCACCAGAAGCGUUUCCUCCACCACACCGUCAGAAUGGGUUGACACAAAUGGAACAGCAUCAUUCGACCGGCCUUCUUUGUCAUCUCAGCGUGAUCAGGCCGUCGCAAACAUAAACCGGUUGUCUAACAGGGGAGCUAACCCUUCAGGCAGAGCCGGGAGUGAGAUCUCUUACCAUGAUGACACAGACCUGAUGAGAAAUUCGCACUCGAUCGAGUCAGAAGCACAUUUCAGCAGCAGGAGCAGCAGCAGCAGCAGUUGGAAUUCAGUUUACAAGAGUUUCCGAAGAGAUAGUUUCCCGGAUAGCUCUGAUUUGCACGCAGUAGUUUCAGAAAAUGCACCAAAUCUGAAGCAUUCUGGAGACCAGGAUGGUCUGAAGCUUGAAAUUGAGAGGAUGAAGCUCAAACUGCAACAUCUUCAGAAGCUUCACGAGAAUGCUCAUAAUGAAUCAGUUGACUCCACGCAGAAAGUAGACAACAACUUAGGCAUUCGGCGCUUCGAAGAUGAAGUGAAGCUUAAAGAGAUUGAUCUGACAGAAGAGAUGGUGAGGAGAUUGGUAACGAGAAUGGAGAGGCAUGAACAGGGGGUGGACAGAACAGAAGUUGAACCCAAGCAAGGCUCUUCUGAAAGGGAAGCUACAGAUAGUAGUAAUGGUGAUGCUGGUGAGAAGAGAAUAGGAGAGACGAUUGUCGGACGAUGCUUUACCAAGUAUAACAGGUACUCUUGGGAGCAGAUUCAAGCGUCGACUUCGUCAUUCUCGAGUGAUCUUAUGAUCGGUAAGGGGUCAUAUGGAACAGUCUACAAGGCUAAGUUCCAGCAUACAGUUGCAGCAGUGAAAGUCCUCAACUCCCAUGAUGGCUGUGGAACUCAGCAGUUACAGCAGGAGCUUGAGGUGCUGGGCAAGAUCAGGCACCCUCACCUGCUGCUGAUGCUGGGGGCGUGCCCGGAGCACGGGUGCCUGGUGUACGAGUACAUGGAGAACGGGAGCCUUGACGACGUGCUCCUCCACCGCCGCCGCCGGGACAGCAGCAGCGCGCCGCCGCUGGCCUGGUUCGACCGGUUCCGGAUCGCCUGGGAGGUGGCCGCCGCCGUGCUGUUCCUCCACAGCGCGCAGCCGGACCCCAUCAUCCACCGCGACCUCAAGCCGGGCAACAUCCUGCUCGACCGCAACCUCGCAGCCAAGGUCGGCGACGCCGGCCUCUCGACGGCGCUGCAGCUCCCCUCGGCGGCGGACGUGGCAGGCGGAGGGGGGACGAUGGUGAAGCACACGGCGCCGGUGGGCACCUUCUGCUACAUCGACCCGGAGUACCAGCGGACGGGGGCCGUGUCGGCCAAGUCCGACGUGUACGCGCUCGGCGUCGUGCUCCUGCAGCUGCUCACGGGCCGGCCGCCCAUGGGGCUCGCCCACGCCGUCGAGACCGCGUUGGAUCUGGAUCUGGAAGCCACCGGCGGCGGAUCUAGCUCCGCGUUCGCGGAGAUGCUGGACGCGGCCGCGGGGGAGUGGCCGCUGGAGGAGGCGCGGGAGCUGGCGGCGCUAGCGCUCCGGUGCGCGGAGAUGCGGCGGAGGGACAGGCCGGGACUGCGCGAGCACGUCCUGCCGGCGCUGGAGCGGAUGAAGGAUCUCGCCGCCAAGGCCGCCGCCGCCGCCGCCAGGGAGAAGAACACCGCUCUUGUUCUCGGAUCAUCCACUCCAACUCCGAGCCAUUUCCUCUGCCCAAUUCUUCAGGAGGUGAUGGCGGAUCCGUGCGUGGCCUCGGACGGGUACACGUACGACCGGAAGGCGAUCGAGGUGUGGCUGGGCAUGAACACUAAAUCCCCCAUGACCAACCUGAAGCUGCAGAGCAGGAGCUUGAUUCCGAACCACUCGCUCCGAUCGGCGAUCAUGGACUGGAGGACCUCAAGGAGCAGAUGAUGAUGACGAUGCGGCUGCAUUCUGGACCAAAUUCUGGUGGGCUGCGGUUGACAGAAUGACAGGGGGGUUUCACCUUUCUUGAAGCAAGAUUUCAACAUUUUGGCUGGCAUUGUAUAGAAAUAGAAACACACUUUUGUUUUCCUAGAAGUUUUGGAAAAUAGCACUGAGUUUUAGUAAUUAUUUAAAGAAAAAAAAACAGCACUGGUUUUAUGUUGUGCGUGCAGAUCUAUAUAUAUCAAAAUGUGAAUAAUGUGUGUUGAGAAAAUAGCAAUGCAUAUUUGAGAAUAUUCUACAAA